AUGUUAGCCAGGUGUGAGGAUGAGGAGGGUUCUAGGGUCAGGGCCAUCCCCCUCCACCAACGCCCGGACCUGCUCGUGGCGUGCGCCGACCUGGUGAACGCCGAGUGGCAGAGGAGUCGCUCCGCCCGCCUCCACGCCCUCCGGAAGUCCUGCCCGGGUUUCCCCGUCUGUCUAGUGCUGGUCCGGGGGGGCGAGGCGCUGGUGGGCCACGCCCGGAUCUCCCGCGUGGUCGGACGCAGCGACAGCCUCUUUGUGGAGUCAGUGGUGGUGUCAAAGGCGGAGCGUGGGAGGGGCUACGGCCGGACGCUGAUGGAGGAGACGGAGGUGUACGCCCGGGGUCUUGGGUUCAAGCGCCUGUGUCUGACCACGCACGACAAGCAGCACUUCUACGCCCACCUGGGUUACCGCCUGUCAGCCCCGGUGCAGAACGCAGGCGCCAUGACCAGCUUCGUUUCCAUGGAGGUUCUGCAGAGAUUGUCCAGAGGGGUAGGGGGUGAGACGCACAGCCAGGGGGAGGGGAACCAGGACCUGAAACCUGGAACGCUCGUGACCGACUCGGCUCCGCCUCCACCUCUCCCUCCUCCGCCUCCCGUUGGCCUUCCAACUCCCCCUCCUCCAUACGUCCCCCCUCCUCCUCCUCCUCCCCGGUUGCCAAGGCAACAGGUGGUCCAGACCCUGGAGGAAACCCCCUACAGAGACGCUAAAGGAAUGCCCAUCUUCUGGAUGCACAAGGACAUCUGA